AUGCAACAAAAGCAAAACAAUACUUAUGACAAACAAAUUAAAUACCAACAGAUACAAUUUUCUCAACAAAAACAACAAUAUAAUCAAUAUCUUCAACAAAAGCAAAAUAUUCCAGUUCAACCACCAAACCAACGAGAAUACCAACAUAUCCCACAACAAAAAAUUGCAAUUUCCCAUCUUACACCUAAGAUUUCUGAAAUCCAAAUUCCAAAACAGCCAAAACCUCCUAUGAUGCCACAACAAAGUAACAUAAGUCAUCCUGUUAAUGUUCCACGUCCAAAUCAACUUCCUGUUCAGUCAAAUCAAAUUAUUCCACCAAAUUAUUUGCCUCCGAACAUUCAGAAGGACAAAACCGCCGACAAAUCGUUACAGGACAUAACCGACAGGCUAAAAUCCCAAUACUUUGAAUUACAAAAAUUUAGCCAGCAACAGAGCCAAAUUGCGCAGAGAAUGCCUAUAGGACAGACUAACAUCAAUAUAAAUCAACCAAAAAAGAGAGGAAGAAAGAAGAAAAAUCCUCAAUUAUCAGAUGAUGGUGAACAUUUUGAGCAACAGAACCCCGCAGUACCUCAGAUUAACCAAGCGAUGCCACAGAUGAAUCAGACAAUGCGCCCUAUUAUUUUUCCAUAUGUAAAUUCACAAUUUCCUCAAAAUCCGACAGUUUUCCAGCAAAAUGCAAUUCCAAAACCUCAGAUUGCAUAUAAUUUACCACAAGGAUAUCAAAAUAGAAGUAAUAGCCUCCCAAUAAACCCAAUGCCUCCGAAAAACAAUAAACAUUAA